AUGAACUCACCAAAUUGGAAGGACGCUGGCCGUCUGGCCAGUUUUCUCCAGCCUUACGAAGAGGUCCUAUCCUCACAAGAAGCUGCUCAAGAAGAUGCUGGUGAAGUCGAAAAUUCGCUGAUAGCAGCUCCGCCAUACCCUUGGGCCAAUCAAGGCAGUACUUCCAUCGAAGAGCACAUUGGAGUUCUCGAAGACGCCGUUAUGGAUGCCAUCACAUGCGGAAAACAAUUAGUGAAUGUGGUGAAGGAGUUUGAAGUGGAGGGCAGAGCGACCUUCCCCCCAUCUGUGGUGUCUGAAAUUGGCAAGAACGAAGGGCACGCGGAAGAAUGUGAUAAUGAAAGAGAUAUUGAUGGCGUUGAUAGUGACAUUGAUGACGUCCUGAUAUGCGAGGUGACCCAGGUUUCUGGAAGCAGUGCCAAGGAUGCCAGUGGAAGUGCUGGCCAAGACGAGGAUGAUGAGGCAAACGAUGAGAGCCAAGGUUUGGAGCAUGAUUUCAGUGAAUUUACGGAUCCAAUUUUUGCUGUAUGGAAGUUGGAAGAAGAGGAUCUCAGAAGUAUGACAACGGCCGACAUUUUGACGGAGGCAGAUCCUGCAACAGGGUUUCUUUCGACAACAAAGUCGAUCAGCUGCCAAGAUCUAGAGACCUUUGCCGACGAGAUCAAGCCGUUUCUCGACUGCACUCCACUUCCAGGCGUGGAGACAAUAAAUGGAGGAGAAAUGCAGGUGUGGCCACUCGUGCAGCGUGUCGAUCUCUAUGUCCCGUCGCCAAUUUUGAAAAAUGGAGUUGUGAUCGAGGAUCUUCCAGGCUUGUCUGAUGCAGUGACGAUGCGGGCGAAUGUGGCCAGAGAGAGGUUCACGGCGUUGGAAAUCGCGAUCAUUGUAUCACCCGUCUCUCGGGCAGGCGACGAGCAGCUGGCAUCACAGCUUAUAAGCGACAACGAGGCUCUCCGAAUGGAGCUCGAUGGGAAGUUUACCCGUCACAAUUUUUGUGUUGUGCCAUCUAAAAUGGAUGACAUUCCCUGGGAACAAUAUCUGAAAAAGACGCUACGGCCUGCUGCCGGAACGGAAAUACACACGGCACACAAGGCGUACAAGGAGAUCUGCCAACAGCUGAAAGAGAUCAAGUCCAAAAUGGGCGCGGCCAACAAAGAGUUGGAAGAGGCAAGGGCUGACAGGAAGGUUCUACUCAAAUGCGCGGAAGACGGGCACGAACAGGCACGAGUCCAAGGAAGCGUAUCGAGUGCCAGAUCUAAGCUUGCCGAGCUGACACAGCGGAACAGCAAUCUCGAAGCACGGCUGACUUACUACAAAGGCCUCAUGACAUUUCUCUGCAUCAAAGCUAGAAACGCUAGGGUAGAAAAGAAGAUCCUCAUGGACAUGAGGCGGAAAAAGGCACGAUUUCGCAAGAACAAGACAGGGCCAUUCACCGAGGAGGCUAUAAAUGUUCUUCCAGUCAGUUCUAGCUCGUUUUGGAACCUCCAGAACUCGGAAUCAACUCCCAGCCCCGGGUUUCCUGCGGUGGAGUACACUGGCAUUCCAGCCUUGCGCGCCUGGAUCAACAGAGCCACGAUCCCGGCACGACAGAAUCACGCGCUCUCGAUUCUGCAUCGUCUCAAUGCAGUAUUGAAUGUCUUAUGGACGUGGUCGAUGGAAGAAAGCCUCGACAGCCGCGACAUGGUCUCACCAAAAGAAAGGCUAGAGGAGCUUUGCACAAAGUUCAAGAACACACUUCGCCAGAACCUCGGCGAGUAUGGCGACGAGCUCACGGCGCGCGUUCAGCAGUGCAAUCCGCUCGCUAUUCCUCCCAAACAGAGGUUUAAGCCACAAUGCCGAUCAAAUGUCAUAGAGGCAGUAAAGACCUGGAACUUGUUGUGGCCCAGCCGUCCACGUAGCCCAAAGAUGCAUUGGGCUACUCAUUUAGCUAUCAUUCGUCGCAACGGCAAGCGGUACACCAGCACCGGUGCAGGUAGAGUUACUUACGCAUGGAUGGACAACAUGGCCGACGUGGUACUGCUUGGUAUUGUGGAAAUGUGGAACGAAGCCUUUCACAGCAAGCUUCCUGCGGAGGCAGAGAAGGUCAAGGGCAGAAUUGAGGAAAUCUGGAACAGGUCGAUGUUCAAGGUCCGAUGGGCACUGCCGGCACUGUUUCCGACGCAGCUUGAGUACCUGUCGGGACAGCUGGUUGCCAUUAUGGAGCUUCGUCAGUUAGUGGCUCAUAAUGUGGAAAACGCAAUGUUUCGCAUUGCUGUGCAGGCUGCCGAAAUCCACAAGCUUGUGGGAGAAAUUCUAUCUAAGAAUUGGAGCCGUGGCUUCUUUGACGCACGGAAGAUUAUCGGAAAAGGCUCGUUCGGCUUGCGCCAGAACCACUUCGAGAAGCUCGCGGACAAAAACACGACGCCCCUGGUCAAAUUGGCAAUGAUGAAGAUGGAUCAGCAAAUCAUGGCGAACAUGGACCACUUCCGGCAGUCUCUGGAUGCCAUCUGGGAUGAUGGACUGGCCAAGAUCGAUAACCAGAUCGAUGCCAUUUGCCAGAGGAUCGCCCAGGCAGAGCAAGACAGUGAUGCAGCCGUCGAGACAGGCAGAUCGACGGGUCUAGAGCUUAGAAAGGCCGCAACACCACUGGUCAUCAAGUGGCAAACGGACUGGAAGCUUCCCGACGUGAUUGGUCGAAUGCAGGCCGGACUUGCAGACGCGGCCAUCCCCAAAACAUACGUCGACGAACCGAGAGGGGCGACCUUCGACCCCCUGAGCUCUGAUGGGGAGGACUGGGCCUAUGAACCGGAGCCGCCGAAGCCACCGAAGCGGCGCGUAUACAAGAAGAGAAUUCGGGACGAGGGAGGAGAGGACACAAAGGUCAAGGUGGUACCCAAGAAGAGGGCACCGGCGAAAAAGAGGAAGACGGGGAACAAUUGA